GUCGCCUUUGCUCCCUGCCGCUGAAGGGAGCAGCGCGGACUACAGCUCCCAUGGGCGGGCAGGGCGCGCCCGGCCAGCCGUGGGAGCGGCCGGAGGGACAGCUCCGGUGCUGAUCCCGCCGCCGGUUUGUGAGCAGACGCCGGGGGAGCGCGCGGGGCGAGCUGUGGCCGCGCUCGCUGCUCGGCGGGACCCACCCGGCACGGGAGGCAGCUGAAGGGCGCGGGCCGAGGAUGAGGCACGAAGCUCCCAUGCAGAUGGCAUCUGCUCAAGAUUCCAGAUAUGGCCAGAAAGACACGUCUGACCAGAACUUUGAUUACAUGUUCAAAUUGCUCAUCAUUGGCAACAGCAGUGUCGGGAAAACCUCCUUUUUGUUCCGUUAUGCUGAUGAUUCCUUUACAUCUGCAUUUGUAAGCACGGUCGGGAUCGAUUUCAAAGUCAAAACUGUUUUCAAAAAUGAAAAAAGGAUUAAGCUACAGAUUUGGGACACGGCAGGUCAGGAGAGAUAUAGGACAAUUACCACAGCCUAUUACCGGGGUGCAAUGGGCUUCAUUUUAAUGUAUGACAUCACGAAUGAAGAAUCCUUCAAUGCUGUGCAAGACUGGUCAACUCAAAUCAAAACAUACUCAUGGGAUAAUGCCCAGGUUAUUUUGGUCGGUAAUAAAUGUGACAUGGAGGACGAGCGGGUAAUCUCCACUGAGAGAGGCAAACAUUUAGCAGAGCAACUUGGUUUUGAAUUUUUUGAAACAAGUGCCAAGGACAACAUAAAUGUCAAGCAGACAUUCGAGCGGCUUGUAGAUAUCAUCUGCGACAAAAUGUCAGAAAGUCUGGAGACGGAUCCUGCCAUCGCUGCUGGAAAACAGAACACAAGACUAAAGGACACCCCUCCUCCACAGCAACCCAACUGCGGCUGUUAAUACAGUUAUCAACAGAGGCAGCUCCAGUGUGUUCUAUUGCCAACAGAGUAUUUACAGAUGGUCUAUAAGCCUUUAUUUAUACUGUCUUUUUAAUUUAUUUGGGGACAAUGUGUUUAUUUUACGUCAAUGGCUGGUACAAUGUGUGCAAACAAUUUGUAAGGUCUGCUCAUUUCUAAGCAUCUUUGCAUGUGGCUAAUUGUCUGUCUUUUCUUUUUAUCCUACGUACAUUACACUUGCUUCAGCUGGUUCUGUGACCUCAGAACACAGGUUGUCUACAACUGACAUUAACUUAAUCAGUUUCGAAUUAUACCAUUUACUCCUUGAUGUAAUGAUCACGGUAUUUAGGAAUAAGCUUUCUGAUGCCAUUUAAAUUUUCAUUGACUGAAAAAUCUAUUUUAAAGUAUUAUCUGAAUAUACUGUCUAUUCCCUGUCUUAUCCAGAUAAUUUGUCUGAGGCACACUUCCCUGAAGGUAAUGCUCUGGCAAAUCCAUGUCCAUCACCAGAAUUCAGUUACCUCUACCCCACACAACAUGGCCACUUCGAAAUUCAGAGUGACAGCAGCUGCCUAACCUAAAACACAGGCUCCUACCCCUCGAUAUAAGGAGAAAUUCUGUUAGCUGCUGGCAGGAUAGGGGCUGGCUGUGUUCCAUUUCCAUCCACAAGCCAAUUCACUACAAUACUGAUAUAGAAGAGAGUUGUGAAAUGUCAUUUUUCUUUAAGUUACCUGGUUUAGAUAAUAUGCUACAGUUCUUGAUAUUACCCCAGCAGAGCCAAAUCUGUUAUGUACAUUUAUUCAUAACCAAAAAUAACCUACUCAUAUCGUUCUGGAGGUUGCAUUAUUUUGGCCUUUAGGAAUUUCAUGUUUCAUUCUUGAAAAUGGUGUCUAUAUAUUAAUUUUAUAGUCUGAGAGAAUCUCCUCUGUAUUGAUUGCAAAGGCCCAUUUCUCUCCUCAGAAGUGCCACUCCUAUUGAAGUCAGCAGGACUUGUUUGUGAGGACAGAAAUGGAUCUGUUCAAUUUGAAAAAUAGUUUGAUCUAGAUAUAUCUUGCUGAGGGCUUUCUUGUGACAGUAAGAAAUUGGCAACAUUUUUGGAAAAUUCACAGAGAAAUAAAAAGUUCUCCAAUGAGUUCCUCCACUAGACUGUGUCAAUCACUUAGAAAAUCCACGAAAGGCUGUGAAGACAGCAGAAUGUCUGCAGGUUUUUUUUAAAGCUUUUUUUAAAAUUGUCAUUUCUCACCAUGUUAAUAAGCUCUUGCUCUACUAAUUGGAAGCACUUUGCACUGUUGCCUUAUCUGGAAUACAGUGAUAUUCCUCAAUGACAUCAUUGAGGCAACAUUAACUUUUUAUUGUUCUUACCAGAUCAGCUUCAGUACCAGGAUGACAUUUCUCAAACUAGACAUAACACAAAAAAGGGAAGAAAAAUAGGAAAAUGUGUUAGAGCAGCUGCUAAUGCCAUACCUGACUGUAAGGCAAUACCUAUGCAACACAUUGCCUUUUUCGUAAGGUAAUUUAUAUAAUCUCAUCAAACACACUAAGGCCAUGUCUACACUAGAGAAAAAGGUGUAGUUAAGACACUAACUAUUGUAUGUUAAAAUCCUAGUUUAGGCAAGAUUAACACAUUAGUUGGUUGAGGUAAACCCAAGUGUAAACUUCUGUUAAAACUAUAAAUUGACUUGACUACACUAGGAUCUUACACAUAUCAGUUAACACUCCUAGCUAGCACCUACACUGUUUUUCUUAGUGAAAAAUGAGCCAUAUCAUUUGGCUCCAUGGAAAAACCUGAGGAAAGGGAAAGGGGAUUGGUCCUGCUUUGAGCAGGGGAUUGGACUAGAUGACCUCCUGAGGUCCCUUCCAACCCUGAUAUUCUAUGAUUCUAUGGCUAUUCACUGCCCUACAUUUAUCCCUGUUGUGGGCAGAUUAGUAGGAAGGGGAAGAGAAAGUGUAAUUGAGCAGAGCCAGUUUGCCUAGCUCUUAGCAUCCACAUGGCAUGCCAGUCACUACUCUUCCUGGCCCUCCCUCCCAUUUCUAGGCCUCCAGCUUGAUAGUUGUACUCCUCCCACUGUGGCUAUGCACUCCAAGGUACUUUGAGGAUAGAAGUAUUUGGCCAAAGAUUUGUAUUGGUUUUCCAAUUAACAAAAAAAUUUAAAACAUUUUAAGGAAAACAGAUGCUUUCCCAGAAAAUGUUGGUGUUAUUGAACCACCGCCACCACCUGGUCCCUCCCCCCCCCCACACACACACCCCUCUUUUUUUAAAUUUUUUAUGGAAAACAGGCUUGAAGGAAAAUUUUCAACCAGUCCUCUCAACUGAACCAGCCCUGGGAACUUCACUACGUAAUGUCUGGUGCGAUGUCAUCAGCAGUGGUCACUCUGGCUAGCACCAUGGUCCUCAGUAGACUAUGCAUGUUUGAUGAUGAUGAUGACCUGGUAGAAGGGUAGAAAAUAGAAGCUGUAGAGCAAAAAAUUAAUGCAUAGAUUCCAAAGCCAGAAAGAACCACUGUGAUCAUUUAGUCUGACCUUCUCUAUAAUACAGGGCAUAGAACUUCCCCAAAAUAAUUUCUAGAGCAUAGCUAUUAGAAAAAACAUCCAAACUUGGAUUUAAAAACUGUCACUGAUGGAGAAUCCACCACAACCUUUGGUAAAAUGUUCCUGUGCUUAAUUACGCUCACUGUUAAAAGUGUCUGCCUUAUUUCCAGUUUGAAUUUGUCUAGCUUCAACUUCCAGCCCUUGGAUCAUGUUAUAUCUUUAAUGCUGUUAACUAACUUCCACUGUGUUUCCCUUUGUACAAUGCUCUAGGGGAGCAUGCCUUCCACUGCAGUGAGCCAGGUCCCUUGUAACUUCUGUGCAGAGUCCCAAGCAUUGCUGCCAAACAGGGCUUGCUGCCAUUCUCCAGCAUGAUAUGUUCUGUAAUGCCUCCUGGGGCAGUGUGGGCUGUAGCUCUUACAGCAUCUUCAGACAACGUGCACCUUGGACUACCUCCCACCACCAGCCUCCUUCUGGUGUUUGUUGGUACAUGGCAGGUGGGACAGGGGACAUUGCCACAUCUCACACUAAUUCAGACAUGCGCUCUGGAAUGUGUAGUACACCACAAGUCCUAGCGCUCCCCCAAUCUUUGCUCAGGGACACGGGCUGCAGCAUGGCUGCAGCCAUGCAGCAGCAUGAGGAGGAAGAGGAGAAGGCAAUUUGCUGUCUCACCCAUUCAGUGCACCCAGGCCUUGGUUUUCCCUCAUAGAAUUUAAGGUCAGAAGGUACCAUCAUGAUCGUCUCACUUAGACUUUAAUUCCAGUCCUUUGAUCCUCUGUUGACAAUGUAGACACUCUGUAGUGCUGUGAUCUGAAGGACAGCUGGCAGCACUAGCCUAACUUAUUAAGAAGUGUGAGGCAGGUUGAGUGAAAGAUGAUAUUUUUUGUCAAUUUAAAUUAAAUACAUUAAAAUAAAUGGAAUGGGGGGAUUUUGCAGGGGGAUUCUCAUCUCCUUCCUGUUGUAAAAAGAAACACUUGCCCUGCCUCGCCCCUGUUUAAUACAUUAUAAGCAAUGGGAAGGUAGCAGGGUGCAAGAGCAAACUUGUCCUUAGGAGGCCGACCGUGCUUUAUAAGGAAAACAUAUGCAUACAGGAAAACUAGUAUGAGAGAUGGAGCAAAAAAAAACCCUAUCCCUGGAUGGGAACUCCCAGUUGCUUUGUAGCUAUAUACAAACUUUACAUUAUAUGCCCCUCACCAGAUAGUGGUCAGAAUUAGUAUUGGGUGAACUUUAAAGUGUUCUUAGUUUCAUUUCUGAUCACAUCCCAAAAGUCUGGAUUCUUAGCCAGAUUUUGGCUGAACAGUCCAGACAGCCUGAGACCUGCAAAGAUCCUGAUCCUUUCAGCAGAUGGGUGUAGGUAGACCUUUGCUCUCACAAGUCCAACUCCAAGACUAUCGCCUUGUGCUAGAUAUCUCAUGAGGUUCAGGCCAGGAAGCAUCAUAAAAACCAUUUGUGGCAUAUUAGCUCAGAACUUGGCCUUUCAGUUCUUGGCUGGAAUCAGGCUAUUACAGAGAUUCACACAAGGAAAGUGAUCUUUUCAAAACUUACCAUCCUUUUUCCAAUAGGGGGAAGCAUCACAACUGUGUUUUUUAAUUUUCCUUCAAAUCAGGUUUAAUUCCUAUUUAAUUCCUAAGGUGGGAUUUUCGAAAGCACUCGGUGUCAGCCUAAUUCUGCUUCUGUUGACUUUACUAGUAAAAAUGCCAUUGACUGCAAUGGGAACAGAGUUAAACCAACACUGAGUGCUUUGGCAAAUCCCAUCACAAAUGGCUUCACACACACAUAGUCAUUGGAUGUGCAAGGUGAAGAAGAUAGGAGCAGGGAUCAGUCAGAUCCACGUGUGUGACCCAUAAAUUUGUGGCGUGCUCCUGGGACUUAAGGAGAGUAUUGCAUAGAUGCAGAGGUCCAGCCACACAAAACCAAUAUGAGGGUCAGGACUAAUAAUAAUCACAAAAAGUAUUUUAAAAACGUUUAACAGCAGCAUUGUUAAACUGGCUACUUGGGGACAGAUUUUGAAAAACUAGCUGCCUAGUCUCAGUCCGGUUCCUGGUGGCCACAUCAUAAAAUCCAGGACCAAUCAUCACUAAUUUGUACCUUUGUUGCUAGUCUCAGCAGAGAAUUAGGGAACUGAAUGGCCCAUGGUAACUCACAGACCUUCUCACACCCAGAGGUCAGGGUUUAGGCCCAUUUGUGAGGUCGGGCAGUGGAGAGAAAGCUUGCUCUGCUUCUGCCAGUUCUAUCUGUUCUAUGGAUUCAGAGAGCACAUCAGCCUCCAGUGUUUUCAGUCCAUCAGCACUGAAUUUUAAAGAGAAUCUUGCCAUGUUCACUGUGGCACAGACUAUGUAACUACUCAGUCUAAAUGUGUAAUGGAGGGGGGUGGAGCUUUGCAGUCUUAUUUCUCAUUGAGGGCUCUGGAGGGGAUUUGUCUGGGUAAAAUACUAUAGUAUUAUUACUGACAUUUAUUACCUCGAGUUAAUGGCUGUUACGAGGAGGAAAAAGAAACCCUUCUCCUCUAUCACAGUUUAAUGGGAGAAUAGACCUUGAAGUGGACAAAGCCCCCAUUGCCUGGGGUCUGAGCCCCGUGGGGCCACCUGAACUACUGCAUGACACCACCCUUCCAAAGUGCCAACCAAGAAUAACAUUAGUGCUACAGUAAUUGCAUACAUGGGUAAUACACCAACUUUGUCAUGGAGUCACAAUGUCUGUCUCAGUGCAUGGACAAGCUGUCACUCAGCGUUCCAAAUGGAAACAAGUGGAACAAAUGUAAGAGACUGGGCCCUGCAGUAUUCAAAUGCAUGAACCGAUGGGAUUGAUCACAAUGGCUUGCAAGCCCUUUUGAGUUGAAACUGCAAUUGCAUGGUCUUAAUUCUGACAAAAGUUCAUUUUCAGAUGUGAUAAAUGUGCCUGUCCUUACAGAUCAAUUAACUUGUAACUGUGUUUGUAUUUCAUUUUGUUUAUUUAGACCAAUUUCUUUGGUGUCUGAAAUACUAUGAGCUGGCCUGUCUUUCUCUCUCUCUCUCUUUCUCUCUCCACAUAUACAUAUAUAUAUAUAUAUAUAUAAACCCAACUCAUUCUCUUUCUGAACUGCAAUGUGCGUGACUGUUAACUGGAACUGUUUGUUCCUUUGUGCUAUACUUAAUGUAAUGCAUAGAGAAACUACCUGAGCAACUAGAUCUGUGUGGCCUUUCCAGAGCAUCAGUCUGAAAGAUUCGGUUUUCUUCCCAGGCUGCUCAGCUCUGUAGGUACAGCUGUGCUGCUUGCACCUUUUGUUAUUUUAGGAAUGAAGUGCUAUUUUAUGGUGCAAACACUGCUGGAGCUUGCUCCUAACUUUCAGAAUUGCUUGAGUUUUAAUUGUCUUUUGCUAGGAAAUGCAUGGCAUUCUAAAUGUUAUGUCCAGUGCUGCCAUUGUUCCUUCAAUAGCUGAGAAGCCAAUGAUGCUUUCUACUUAAAAAAACAAUUACAGGCUUCAUUUUUCAGGAGCAUGGUUUGUUGUUAUCACUUUUCAAUGGCAACAGCUAAAUGACUGCUCUGUUGCUUGAAUGUUAUGAAAGAUUCCUCGACCCAUUUCAUGGACAGACUUGAUAUACAGCAAAUGGACCAAAUUCCUCUUGGGUGUAACUCGAGUGGAGUUCCACCAUUAAUCCUUUGGAUCCACAGGGCCCAAUCCUCAUCUUGUAUAAAUCAGCAUAGUUUCCCUUAAACCAAUGGAACUAUGCUGUGUGUUCACCAGCUGAGGAACUGAUCCAUGAGUGGGUUUUUUUUAAUACCGAUUGGAACUUAGAUUCUUCAAGGUUCACUACGUGUAAAGUCUCCAUUGAAAAGGCAAAGCAUCUGAAUAGUCUGAGUAUGUGAUUGGUUUCGUCAUUAAAUGGGUCAAGUAAAUUCAUUUCACCCUGUCUGUUAAGCUUUUUUUAGUUAUUUACUUUGUUUAUUUUUUCCUUAAUGUUCAUCCAAGCAAAGAUUUUUACUGCACGUGUAGAAUUUUCAGACACAAACAAAUAUAUCCUGAACACUGGUUCAGUUUGCACAGGUAUUUGUUCAUUUUUAGUGCAGUGUUUUUUAUUGUUAUUAUUGCAGUGGAACUUACCCAGAAAUUCUCAUUGUCACUAGAAACUGCUUGGGUUAAAUCCACAGGCCAUAGGAUUACUGUUCAUGGUGAUGGCAGAAGCGGAUGGCACAUCACUUGUACACAGACACCUGUUUUGGGUGGGGAGGGGAGAGACCAUGUCCGAAUCUUCUGACAAUUUCAUGCUCUUGCAUAACAUGUGGAAACAAAAGUUAGGGAUUGCUCACCACUUCCAGUAAUGAAUUUACUUGAGUAAUCCUGACAUGUACCUGCAAAUUAGUGUUAAAUGAAAACUGUUUGUGCUGUAAUCCCGUUUAAUAUAUUGUUGGUAAUGUCAGCCGUGUUGUGGUUCAGUUGGACUGUCAGAAUGUGUAAACUAUUUACUAGUGUUUGUGGAACUGAAGUGUCUUAAAUGUUGCAUGAAAAACGUUAUAAAAAUAGAUUUGUUUUCUAUUUUUGAACACCUCUGAACUGAGGGAACAUGGGCCAAUAAGUGCAAUAUUUAAUGACUUACUCAGUGUAUAUAAAUUCGUAUGAAAGGGAAAAGUGUCAUGUAUGUGUGAUAUGGUGUCGAUGAUGGCUGUGUGGCUUAUUUAAAAGAUGUCUAGUAGCUGUAAGAGUCUAGUAGUGAAAUUUAUACAGUAAAUACUUUAUCAGUGUAGUGUAAGAAUAAACUAUUCUUAAUUCAUUUAAACUAUUUUUCAUAUAUGAGACAACAGUAACAGACGUCCGUACCUUUACCACAAGUGCAUGUCAAUUUUACUUUUAGAACUGUGAGUGUCCUUUCCCAAAAAAUGAUUGUGGUAUAUCACUAGUAGUGGGGAGACCUUUUCUCAAUCAAAAGAUACCUUUAGCCAUUCCUAAAGAAAAACCCCACAUAAUAUUUUAGAAGCAUGUUCUCUGGAAACAGAAAAAGAGACUGUCUUGGAACUCAGCUCUUAAGGAAAAGCCUUCGGUUUUUUUAUCUGAAGAGUCAAUUACAUGCUCUGUCUGCCUGUACAGCAUAAUAUCAUGUGGCCACUUUUUAAAAAAUAUCUAUAUAAUUGCAUGGUUCAUUCAUGAUUACACUAAGCCUAGAAUAUUAAAUAGGAGUCUCCAACCGUGUUGAAAUGUACUUAGCAUCUUCUGUUUGGUGUCUUGAGUUCAGUUUGUUUUUUGAAGGAGCUUGUGUCUCACAUCCAAUGUGGUCCAAAGCAAAAUGUUAACCCUAAAUGAACCCAUUCUGCUGCUUCUAUUUUUAACUUUAAAUCAGAUACUGAAGUAAGAUAGAAGGCACAUUCUAGGCCAAAUUCUGGUCUCUUAGACUGCUGUAAAUUUUGAGUAACUCACCUGGCACCCAUCAGCAAUGUAAGUGAGAGCAGAAUUUUGCACAGUAUCUUGCCCAGAGAUUAGAAGGAGACAUCAAAUCAUUUUUUCCUUUUACUUUAGCCUUGCACAGUCGUACUCAGCCAUUCACUCAAGGACCUCAAAUGAGGCAGCACAUUUAAACACCUGCUUAAGCCCAUCCUUAUUCAGUAAAGCAUUUAAGCACAUGCUUCAUUGUAGCCACUUGAUGGCUGUUCUGCCAGUGGUUCCCCUACUGUGACUGCAAACCUCUGAGCAGAAGUUAAUGCUGUUAAUUAACUUCUGCUGCAUCCCCCUUGUACAAUAUGCUGGUUGUCUAGAGGAACGUGCCCUUUACUGAAUAAGGAUGAACUGCUGAAUCAGGGCCAAGGUGAGUAACAUUUUUUCAUGGGUUAGUAACAUCACAUUCAGUUUUCCCAUUAGCAUCAUGGUAAAAGGUACAUUAGUAGAUUUUGUGCCUUGGUCUGAUACAUUGUCAUGACAAUUUUACAAGGCUGUUUUAGCAUAUGUCGUAGCUAUUUUAGAAAAGCUAGCUCUCAUCAAAAAGAGGCAAUAGCCAAAUAAUGCAGGAAACCAAUAGCUCUGCUUUCUUUCGCCUCUGCCAUGUCAUCGCAUAGUGCUAGAGAAUAAGCAAAGUAGUCAGAUUACAUUAAACAGUACAGGACAAUCCUAGUAAAGGCCUAAGCACCUGUCCUAAACGCUUCCCUGUGUUUUAUACCACCUUCUGUUGUGAAACCAUCUGCCAAACUAUGCAAAAUUGCAUGAAAAUGAAAGCGUGUGAUAGGGGAAAUUUGGGAACUGCAGAAUGAAAGAAAAAAUAUAAACAUCCCUGUAGCCAAGGAACAGACACAGUAAGGCUAAGAUACCACUGAAACACAAAUAUACAGACUGAGGAUGCAUUGCCUAUAUUUUACUACUGCUGUUAAGUGACCUGACUGCCCAAGGUUUUGCAAGGGGUUUGUCACCAUGACUGGUAAUUUUACCUGGUAUUUUUACUAUCCCUGUACAUGUAUGAGUACAUAAAAAACAAACCCAAAUGCCUACUUUGAAAAGUAGCUCCCCAUACUAACUUUACUUGCUGAAUUGUUCUUAAAGAGAUGUUGGAGUACUUGCUUAGAAGAUAUUUGUGAGGUAGUUAGGAUCCAACUCUUCCUCCGCCUCUAACUGCCACUACAAUAUAGUGACUGUGGUUCCAAAAAUGUGAGUUUAAAAUGCUGCUGGGUGACAGAUGUUGUGACUCUUCAACAUAUGUCCACAGGAGCUCUUGUUUGGAUGUGAAGUACACGUUUUAUCCAUGUGCAGCGUUUUAAUUCUAUGUGGAAAUAAAGACUGUGUGUAUUCCAUUGGAUAUUCUGUUUGUAUGUGACUUCUGUAUAACAAGUGGAUUUUGUUUUGUUUAUUUUGGUUUGGGGUAUUAAUUUUGAGAUUACAAUAAAUAUUCAAGUUUCAGAGUA